AUGGCACUUUUGCAAAGCAAGAAUUUGUAUUGGCCGCUGCUGGCAAUGCUGGUGGCAUUUCAAAGUGUUUACUCAGAACCGUCAUCUUCUGCUACGGAGCAAGAAUUGUUGACGGUAGCUACCGCUGACAGUAGUGUGGUGAGUGAGGUGAGUGAGACAGAUGCUGUGACGGCAUUACCGGUUAGUACCAGCCGUAGCAGCAGCAGCACUUCUCCUGGAAAAGAUACGUCCGAACUGUUGGAGAGUUCGUCCGCAGCAGUGACUGUUGCGAUGUCGAGCGUCGCGGAAACGAGUAAUCCUACUGAGCCAACGGAGGGUAUGACGACGGGCGUAAUUUUACCAGAAGUGGGCAGUAGUAACGCUGCAAGCACACUGGAUGAGGCAGAGAUUGAGAAAAAAGGAGGGGACAUUGAGUUGGAGAGCGAAACUCCAGUUAUUAGUUUUGGUAUCCGGUCAUUCACCGUUGAAGUAGGUACUGGGACGGAACGAUCCAGUGAUGAACCGGUACUGGCGAAUGCAACCCAGCCGGAAAAUGCCACUCAGCAGACCGGCGAAGGUGCAACCACUCAAGUUAUUUUCUCAAGUGAGUCUUCGAGCACAGUUGAAUCCACAACAGUAGCGUCGGACGCCGAUAAAAUUCUCGCCACCGGCACUGCGGGCAGCCAUGGUGAAACAACAGCCGCUAGAGGGCUCUCUCAAGAAUCGGAUAACGAUCCGGGUCAAACGGUGGUUACCGUCAACACGAAAGUGCCCGGUGAAAAGCUCAUUAAUAUGGAUGAUGAUUCCGGUGAAGAACAGCACAUUUCUAACGAAAUUCGCGUCGAAAAGAAGAAUGGUUUAUACCGCAUAAAAAUAGCAGAAAUUACAACCGACGAGUUCGAUAAUGGAUUACAUGAAACUGAUAAUGAGAAUUUGCUGUUACCAGCUGGCGUUGCCGCCCCGAAAUCGGUUUAUCCCAGCAAGAUAAAUAUUGAUGAUUUUUACCCUUCGAAGCUGGAAGAUUUUAAGCCACCGGCCAAUGUGAAUGGCCUACAGCAGGGUGCAGAAAGUGUCCAAGAAAAAUUGCUGCGAGAAAAAUCUAUUCUGAGAAAUGAGGAUAAUGAGAAACUUUUCGAAUCGACAAUCAUGAAACCUUCGGAAGUUUUGCCAAUAAUUGACAGCAAAAUUGACGGAUCCGAAAACGAGAACCUAGGAGUCGAAGAUGAAAAGAAAGGACAAGACUCCGGUGACAUCUCUACCACCAAGAUCGAGAUUGAGCUAAUUGAUGAUACCUCGGAAACUUCAACCAGUGACGAGGGAAAAUUUUCUAUCGAUAACAUCACCGAAAAGCUAGAGGAAAACGACGAAGUUAUAAGUCGUAUCGAGGAAAACUUCAAAGGGUACAAAACUUUUGAUGCGACAGAAGAGAUGGAACCACCAACGGAAAAGAAGCAGGACGGAGAAGUAAUGACAAUUGCCAUUUCCUCGGUGACGUUUUCAUCGUCGCAACAGCUGUCCACUCAGUCUCCUCCGGCUUCGGUGCCAAUCUCCGGGACCACUACCCAGCUUCCGGCUACCACCGAAGAGGACAUUCCGAUUGCCGUCAGUGGCAGUGACAUAGUAAAGGAUAAUUACGGGAAUCUUUUUAUUCCACGGCGUGUGAAGAAAAAUGACCCAACCGCUACAAAAAUUAAUAUUUUCAACUCUGCUCCAUUGAAAAAGAUUGACUUCGCAAACACCAAAUUUAACAAUGACAACACCGGUUCCCCACAUGAUCCGAACGAUUUUGGAAAGAAAGACAAACCUGAAUUUUCGACUACCAAGUUCUACAACAGUAAGGAACUAUAUAGUGAGCUGCAUCAUCAGGUCAUGAAUGAUAGCAUUCAUCGGCAUGACAAUCGCAACACACCGGUUCCGAAGAAAACUACCGCUGUCGUAUCCGAAAAGGACAUCCUUACUGCCAAAACACUGUCUAAACCGACAGCAGCUCAAUCAACGGCGACAACCAAACGGCUACUGCCCCUCAAAUCCACCAGCCCGCCCGAUGCCACUAUAAAACAGCGGCUUCUAAAAACCAAUUUUAUUCCGAGAGAAGUUGCUUCACCUGUGACCGUUGUUCCUUCGGUGCAGAAACCACAAUCAACCAUCGUUUCACCUGUCGCCACCGAAAGUACGUCCGUGAAUCGUCCGAACCGUCUGAAAGAGUUUCCUCACCGUGCGGUUACCCAUCCAUCAUCUCACAGCCAUCCGUUGGACCAGCAGCAGAAGAAGAUAAAGUCGCUGGGAGCGGCCGCAUCCGCUAUCAUUGCCGCCACCUCAAAGCUGGCCAAGAACAAUAAGGCAACAUCGCUGGCGCUGAAUCAUAUUACACCCGAAUCGCCACAGCCAGGCAGCAAACCGCCGCAGCCACAUACCAGUAGUGAAAAUUUAAUUACACGGCCGGUCAUCACGCCGCUGUCUCGGUUACAGGAGAAAAUUAACACACUAGACUGUGACAUCCAGCCGCUGUCGCUCGACUCGACCAUCUGGCGCGGAAACGAGACCCACGAACUGGAACUGCCCAUCAUGCAAACUCCGGAGGACUGUUCGGCCGGCUCCAGUUGUACACCAACCACAAUCUCCUGGGAAGGAACUGCCGACAUCCAGUCCGGUGACGUGCUGAUUGUUGAGAUUGACGAUAAGCAUCUAAUGUCGACAAGUUAUAACAAAUCAUCCGAAAGCGCCCAUCACGCGACGACAGCCGUCUACCAGGUGACUCGACUUGGCCACGAACACUGCGAUAUCACCGAAGGCGUCCUGCUGGAUAUCACCCCACUGGUAGUGGAUGGACGCAAACUGGUCACCCUGUACGAUAAAGAUCUGACGGAGGGAAUUAAUCUGCUAAUUGUGGUCUCCGAACAGUGGGGUCAACAAUGCGUACGUCUGAAAGUGACCGUCAAGUCGGACAAUUGCGGUGAAAAUGCUGACUGCUCCGGAAAAGGUGUAUGCUACUCCAACAAUUCAAUGGAAGGAUACGAGUGCCAGUGCUGUGGCGGCUUUGCUGGAUCACACUGCGAAGAAAUCGAUGCCUGUACGCCGUCUCCCUGCACCAACAAUGGAAUUUGUGUAGAUCUUUCGCAGGGCCACGAAGGGAACGCCUACCAGUGCCUUUGUCCGUACGGAUAUACCGGUAAAAACUGCCAGUUUGAGUCGGAUCCGUGCAAUCCAUCGCAAUGUCUGAACGGAGGCACCUGCGUCGGGAAUUCCACUCAUUUUAGAUGUGAUUGUACUUCGGGCUACACCGGACCGCUCUGUCAGCACAAUUUGAAUGAAUGCGAGUCGUCGCCAUGCGUUCACGGUAUCUGCGUGGAUCAGGAGGACGGCUUUCGUUGCUUCUGUCAGCCAGGCUUCUCCGGCGAGCUGUGCAACUUUGAGUACAACGAGUGCGAAUCAAAUCCAUGCAUCAACGGUGGUCAGUGCAUCGAUAACAUUGGUGGAUUUUCAUGCAAAUGCACUCGAGGUUACACGGGAAAGCGCUGUCACAUUAAGGUGGACUUUUGUGCCAAUGACCCAUGCCCAGAUGGUCAUCGAUGCAUAGAUCACGGUGACGACUUUACCUGCGAGUGUCCCGGUGGACGCAACGGACCCGACUGCAAUCAAGUGCCCCGGACGUUGUGCAAUGUGAAUCCCUGCGCUAAUGGAGGAACCUGCUGGACAACGGAGGAAUCGUUCUACUGCGCUUGCCGCCCCGGGUACACCGGAAAGAUGUGUGAAGAAAACUUCGUAAUCGAUUCCGUCGUCAGCUCCAGCGAAAUGCUGUCGGACAAUCUCAACCAAAACGGCCCGAACGGUUUGCUGCAUGCUAGCAACGGUGCCCUCUACGCGGACACGGAAUCCUCGCGUGGUGGCAAACGGGGAAGCGCCAUCGAGCUGCACAACGCGUACAUCGCUGCUGGAACGUUAGGAGCCGCCAUUCUGAUCGUAACCAUUGUGGUAACCGCAUGCCACUGCAAGGUGCACCAAAGCUAUCGCCACUUUACGACCAAACACCGCCAGCUGAUACCGAUCUUCGGCCGCAAAACGAAAGCGUCCUCCGCCAACCGGCACUGGCUCAGCGGCAAGGGACACGGACAGCAGGCCCCGAUCGGUGGCCACAGCAAUCUCAACUACAGUUACGCCCACCAACAUCCGAACUCGUACAGUCUGCAACCGGAACGAAUAAUCAAUAAACCGCUACCAAUGAAUCUGGAAAACGACAUGUACUACACGGUGGACUUUGGUGAAUCGCAAAAUGCGCCCUUGAUUCAGUAA